AUGGCCCCCAAAGACGACCCCGAUAAUCGAGGUUUCGACGAUCAACGUCGACCCUCACAGAGGAGUACGGUGCUAGCGAUACCAGCACUUGCUGUGAACGAUCCGAAAGCCGAUCCGAAAAUCGCAAGCGAUCUACCCGCCAAUUAUGUCGAUGAUGACGAUGACGCACCGAAACUAUAUACUCCAUCGUUGUUCGAGAAAAUUCUAAACUACUUACUCUGCAGAGGUGAUAUUGCUAAUCAACAACUCGAAGCUCAACCGGUUUCCAUUCCUGGAUUGUGGGUUCCAAUGUUUGUGUACCAUGCUCUCCUUACCUUGACAAUAUUUAAACAAGUAUCAAAAUUUUGUCGAAUUCUCUCGACAAGUGCGAGAAGAACAAAUACUACUAGGAGAUCAAAAACAUAUGCCAUUUUCCGAUAUGGAAAGCGGUUCGACUAUUUACUUCUCUUCAUUGGUACCAUUUGCGCCAUCAUUUCUGGUGUUUCCCAACCCAUUAUGGCUCUUGUCAGUGGUCGUGUUACCAAUGCACUUCUUGUCUAUCCACCAACUAGCAAGCAAUUCCGAAACAAGGCCAACGAAAAUGUCUACAUCUUCCUUGGAAUUGGUAUCUUCAUUUCUAUCACUAACUGGAUUCAAUACAUGUGCUUCCAACACUGUUGCUCAAGAGUCAUGGCUCAAAUGAGACAUCGUUUCGUGUACUCAGUGCUUCGACAGAAUGCUGGAUGGUUUGAUAAGAAUCAUUCAGGAACAAUUACGACAAAACUGAACGACAGUAUGGAAAGAAUCCGCGAAGGUAUCGGAGACAAGCUCGGAGUCCUCCUCAGAGGAUUCGCUAUGCUCAUCGCCGCCAUCGUCGUUGCUUAUAUCUACGAAUGGAGACUUGCAUCUAUGAUGUUAGGAGUGGCUCCAGUUUGCUGUAUUUGUAUGUCUCUUCUGGCCAGACAAAUGACUUCUACCACUAUCAAAGAAUUGAUUGGAGUUGGUAAAGCAGGGUCUAUUGCUGAAGAGUCACUCAUGGGAGUGAGAACCGUACAAGCAUUCAAUGGACAGGAAGAAAUGGUUGGCCGAUACCAAACUGAACUCGAGAAGGGAAGACGAUUUGCUGUAUGGAAAGGUUUCUGGAGUGGUUUCUUUGGAGGUCUCUUCUUCUUGUGUCUCUUCUCUUUCUUGGGUACUGGUAUGCUCUACGGUGCAUACCUUCUGAAGGUUGGAAUUAUCGGAUCUCCAGGAGAUGUCUUCAUUGUUGUCAUGUCUAUGCUUCUUGGUGCUUAUUUCUUGGGUCUCAUCUCCCCACACAUGAUGGUCCUUCUCAAUGCAAGAGUAUCGGCUGCCACAAUUUAUCAAACAAUCGAUCGUGUUCCAAAAAUUGACCCAUACUCCAAAGCUGGAAAGAGACUUCCAAAUGUUGUUGGGAGAGUGAAGUUUGAAAAUGUCCACUUCCGCUAUCCAAGUCGUAAAGAAGCAAAGAUUUUGAAUGGAUUGAAUCUCACUGUCGAGCCAGGAACAUCCGUUGCACUUGUCGGACAUUCUGGAUGCGGAAAAUCAACUUCUGUUGGGCUUCUCACUAGACUCUACGAGCCUGAAGCUGGAAAUGUCACUAUUGAUGGAACGGAUGUCCGUGAACUAAACAUCGACUGGCUCAGAAAUGUUGUGGGAAUUGUACAACAAGAACCAAUUCUUUUCAACGACACCAUUCAUAACAAUUUGUUGAUUGGAAACCCAGGAGCUACUCGUGAGAAGAUGAUUGAAGUGUGCAAGAUGGCAAAUGCGCAUGAUUUUAUUGAGAAGAUGCCAAAAGGAUACGAUACACUGAUUGGAGAUGGUGGAGUACAACUCUCUGGAGGACAGAAGCAACGUGUCGCCAUUGCUAGAACUCUUAUUCGUGAUCCAAAGAUUCUACUUCUCGAUGAAGCUACAUCAGCUCUUGAUGCUCAAUCUGAAAGUGUGGUUCAAUCUGCUCUCAACAAUGCUGCCAAGGGAAGAACUACUAUCAUGAUUGCCCACAGACUCUCCACCAUCCGUGAAGCCGAUAAAAUUGUGUUCUUCGAGAAGGGAGUAAUCGUGGAGGCUGGAAAUCACGAGGAAUUGGUUCAUCUCGGCGGAAGAUAUUUUGAUUUAGUGAAGGCUCAACAAUUCAAGGCUGAUCCAGAAGCUACUGAAGAAUUCGAAGAGGAAGAGAUCGAUUUAGAUGACAAUAGCCGCAGCUCCCGACGAUCGUCUAUGACAAGUGCCAGAUCUGGAUCGGAAGCAUUCCAGAGAGGAAAUUCUUUGAACGACUCGUUCUCUGGAAGCAGAAGAUCAGCUAGAGCUGACGCUGAGAAUGACGCAUUCGCUGCUCAUGAAGCGGAAGUCAUGGCUCAAGACGGACAAAUCACCGCUGGUUAUCUGGAUAUUUUCAAGAACGCUAAAGGAAACUAUAUCUACAUGUUCCUUGGAACUGUUUUCGCUUUGAUCAGAGGUCUCGAGCUGCCAGCUUUGGCUCUUAUCUUCGGUUGGGUGUUCGAGGGAUUCACAUUUGUCCCAUACGGUGGAAGAAUGAUGCACAGAAUGGCAAUGGCUGUUAUUGCUUUUGCCUCGGUUGGUGUUGGUGUUUGGAUUUCUCAAGUUGCUAGUUCUGUCCUGUUUGCCAUUGUUUCUGAAAACUUGUCUCUGAGAUUCCGCGUCCAGUCAUUCCGUAAUCUCCUUUACCAAGAUGCUUCCUACUUUGACAACCCUGCUCAUGCCCCUGGAAAGCUUAUCACUCGUCUUGCAUCAGAUGCUCCGAACAUCAAGGCUGUUGUUGACGCUCGAAUGCUCCAAGUCAUUUACGCUCUUGCUGCUAUCAUUGCCAAUAUUGUGAUUGCAUUCAUCUACUGCUGGCAAGUUGCAAUUCUCGGAACAUCACUUAUUCUUCUCUUGGCUUUCGUUAUGAUCGGACUUGCUUACAAGAUUUCUCUCAUGAACAUCGAACAGAUCAAGAACGAUGAAGCGGGAAGAACCGCCAUUGAAAUCAUUGAAAAUGUGAAAACCAUCCAACUUCUCACUAGAUGCGAAUUAUUCUUCGACCACUACCAAACUUCUUCAAAACAACAGAAACGAUCCGAAUUGAAGAAGGGAAUGAUCGAAGCUAUCAACUACAGUAUCACCCAAUCUUUCAUGUACUUUAUGAUGUGUUUCACAUAUGCUGUUGGUAUUCGAGUCAUCUAUGACGGUGAUAAGUCAUCCGAUGUCACCUUCAAAGGAAUUAUCUCUAUGAUGCUUGGAGCUGUAGCCGUCAUGAACUCUGCUCAGUACUUCCCGGAAUUUGUAAAAGCUAAAACUGCAGCCGGUUUGCUUUUCAAUAUUAUCUACCGUAAGCCAAGAACUGGAGAUUUGAUGGAAGGAGAUCGUCCUGAGAUUAGAGGAAACAUUCUUUUCGAAAAUGUCAAAUUCUCUUAUCCACAACGACCAUUGCAACCAAUUAUGAAGGGACUCCAAUGGACGGCUCUUCGUGGACAAACAGUUGCUCUUGUUGGACCAUCUGGAUCCGGAAAGAGUACAAAUAUUGGAAUGCUCGAACGAUUCUACGACGUCACCGGAGGAGUUCUCCGUAUCGACGGACAAGACAUUCGAAAUCUGUCUCUGUACCAUCUCAGAACACAAAUGGCGCUUGUCGGUCAAGAGCCACGUCUAUUCGCCGGAAGUAUUCGUGAAAACGUGUGUCUUGGAUUGAAGGAUGUGCCACUUGAGAAAAUCAACAAGGCCUUAGAACUUGCCAAUGCUAAUAGAUUCCUUGCUAACUUGCCAGCUGGAAUUGACACUGAUGUCGGAGAAAAGGGAGGACAAUUGUCUGGAGGUCAAAAACAAAGAAUCGCUAUUGCUAGAGCCCUGGUCAGAGACCCCAAGAUUCUGCUGCUCGACGAAGCUACAUCUGCCCUAGAUUCAGAAUCCGAAAGAGCAGUACAAGAAGCAUUGGAUCGUGCUCGAGAAGGACGUACCUGUAUCACCAUUGCUCAUCGUCUCUCUUCUAUUCAAAACUCUGACCUCAUCGUUUACAUCGAUAAGGGCAAGGUUCAGGAAGCCGGAAACCAUGCUCAACUGAUGCAAAAGAAGGGCAGGUACUACAAACUCAUCAAGAAGCAAGACCUUGCUGUCUAA